GAGACACUCCCCAAAACAAUAUGAUCUAGACAGCUGUAUAGAUUAUCUUUACAUUUAACGCGGACAUUGAAAUUAAAACUUCAGAAUGUCAGACAUAAUCUGCCAGUGGCUGAAUAUAGAGCUUCGGCUGUCAAAAGUCAUUGAGCCCUAUUCGUUCACCAGGGAUUUUGCAAACGGUUAUCUGUUAGGAGAGAUCCUGCACAGAUAUGAGCUGCAGGACGACUUUCACCUGUUCUCCAAACAGAGCUCGGCGAAUGCGAAGCUGAAUAACUUCACCCGCAUUGAGCCCACCCUGCAGCUGCUGGGCGUGCCCUUUGACCUGGCCAUGGCCAAAGCGGUGAUGCAGGGCAGGCAGGGUGCGGCCACACAUCUGCUCUACCAGCUCUACAUCCAGCUGCAGAAGAAGAAGAGAUCAGGCCUCACUGCCACAGCCCUGGAGGUCAUGCAACCUGCAGCCACGGCCCGACUGCACCGCAUAGAGAACAGCAUCUAUACUGAGCGCUUGAAGACGGUGGUGAAACGUGAAACAGAUCUGAAGAUGCAGAAGAUCGCAAAACGCUUCCAUAAAAGAGGGCAGGACAUGUACAACCGCUCGGUCAUGGCUGAACUGCUGAAGGAGGAGGACCGGCUCAAACGGCAGGAGGAGAGGAGGCUGAGGGACAUUGAGAAGCAUCGGCAGGCACGCAGAAAACAGCAUGAGAUCAUGAUUCAGAUUCAGUCGGCUAUCGUGCAGAUCCCCAAACCUCCACACACUCGCACGUCAAGAGCUUCUGAGAAACAGCUUCAGUUUCGCAGAAAACAACAGGUUGAGUAUGUUCAUCAUGAGAUAGCUCAGUUUGAGAAGAACCAGAAGAGGAUUUCUCCUGCUGGAGCUGGAGCUGGAGCCUCUCUUUACAGUGGUCGUGUGACCCAGCCAAUGAGCACAGCUGACAAAGAACAGUGGAACAAGGAGUACAUCGAGAGCAUCCGUCAGCGCCUGGAGGAAGACUCUGCUGCUCGAGAACAGAGAGAGAUGCGGAGACGCCGUGCGCUGAUGGAGCAACUACAAGCCCAUGAAGCUCAGCAGGAGGUAUUACGAGAGGAACAGAUGGUCGGUCGAUUGAUGCGUCAGACGCAGCAGGAGAAGAGGAUCACUGUGCAGCUGAUGCAAAUCAAACAGCAGAAAGAGGUACUGCGACAGAACCGCAUCUUCCAAGAGAGACAGUACCAGGAAAGACGGCUUCGAGACUUCCAAGAGGCCUUGGACAGAGAAGCUGUUCUUGCCCAACAGGAACGUCUCGAGCGCAGUGAAGAGAUCAGCAUCCAGCGUGAGCUACACAAACAGCUAGUUGCAGAGCGCGCUCAAGCUCGCUAUCGCAAACACUUUGACAUCUGCAGAGGAAUUCUGGAACAGAUUGUCGAUCUGGCAACCAAAGCUGGAGAAUAUCGGCUCCUCACAGCCAAUCUGAUACCAGUGAAGCUGAUGCAGGAGUGGAUGGAGCUGUUCUUCAACGGUAAGCCGCUGUAUGAAGUGGCCAGUGUGGAUCCCACCCCUGCUGACCCCACACCAGAGCAGAUCAUUGAGCUGGAGAAGCUCCAAAUACUCAACAAUCAAGACUACACCGAGUAUGUGGCCAUGAAGGGCGAGUGGGUCUGGCUUGAAGACGGCGAGAGUCAAGCUCCUCCACUAAAUGAUAUUCUGGAUCAUGUGUUGAGCCGUCUACAGAGCAUGAUUGUCCCACUCAGCAUCAGCACUCCUCCUCCUCUGUUUCCUCGUUUCACCAUCAGAGCGUGCAUGCUGGGAAAAUCCUACUCGGGCAAAACCACCUGCCUCGCCAAAAUCAGCAACGCUCUUGGUCUCUAUGUGCUCUCAGCCAACUCUUUGAUCCAGGAAGCUCUUUCAGCCUAUCAGCAGGAAAAACAGGCUGUGAGUGAAAGCCAAAAAGAGUCACAGAUUAAAUUGGAGAGGGAUGGUUCUCCAACAGAGCAGUCUCAGAGAGAAGAAGAGGAGGAGAAAUCAUCUCCUCUAGAAUCAGGACCUCAGACAUCUGGACUUCUCGAAAAAGAGGACAAAGAAAAGUGGUCGUUGCGAGCGCAGCGUGGUGCAGCAGUAGAGCAGGCUCUUAGGACAGGCAAAGCUGUUCCUGAUCAACUCCUGGUUGACAUCAUCAUGGAUGCUAUCAGGAACAUCCCUGCUGACAGCGGCUGGAUUCUGGACGGGUUCCCUGUGGACAUCAGUCAGGCUCAGAUGCUGGAGAAAGCUCUGAACGGGACUGAAUCUGAUCAGACUGAGACAAAAACACAUCCUAAAGAUCCACCUCCUCCAUCCCCUGCACUGGACCUAGUGGUGCUGCUGGACAUCUCAGAUGAGCAGGUUCUGGAGCGAGCCGCUCAUCAGCCCGUAGACGGGGAGAGCAUAGAGCAGGAGAGGGAUGGCAGAGAUGCUCCAGAAGAAAAGACGUGUAUGACAGAUGUGGACACACUAGAUCCAGCAUCCCUGUCUGAUGAAAAAACCCUGGGGAGGAAACAGAUACAGCACAGAAUUAGUGGUUUUCAUGAAACAUGGCCAAAACUGGAGAAAUGGUUUGGUGGCCAGCAGAAUAUUCUUGUGAAAGUCACAGCAGAUGCAGACGAGGACACUCUCUUCAGUGACGUGAAGAUAGUUCUGAUGGACACCAUGGAUGAAAAAGGAGCAGCUCUGGGUCACUCCAGGAAAAUAUCUACGUCGUCCUCAGAUGAACACACACGUCCAGAAAGUGCCAGCUCUGCUAAAUCUAAAGCAGCUACCCCAAAAUCUGCUGGACGGCGUUACGUGGAGGAACCUUUACCCAAGGAGAUCCCAGUGUAUCUUGUGCCGUACUGGGAGAACGUCUGUAAUUCAUACGUGACUAACGUGAAGACAGUGAUGCAGAACCUCCGCAGUGAACGCGAGCUCAUCAUUCACCACCUCUACAACAUCCGGGAGAACUUCAGGCAGUACCUACAGAAGACGGAUCUGAAGCAGGAGUUUGUGAGCGCCUGGCAGCGUGAUUAUAACAGCGUUCCUGACAACAUCCGAGAGGACGAGGAGACCAAAGGAGAACUCCAUCAAAGACUGGAUGACUUGCGUGAGCGUCUUUGGGACAUCUGUGAUAAGCGCAGGGAAGAGGCGGAGCAGGAGAGAGCAGGUGUCAUUGAUGAUGGCUGGGUGGACGAUCACGCUGCUGUCCUGAUCAACCAUUAUUCUGCAUUAAUGCAGAUAGAAGUGGGCCGCUUCCAAGACUCAUUGUGUCUUCUGAGAGAUUAUUACACAGCGAUGUGUAAAACUGCGUUUCCUGAAUCUACACGUGGUUUCACUCGUGUCCCAUUGAUCGACAUCACUGCAGAUGACCAUGUCGAGCUAGAGGAACCAAAAAUCCCUGCUCCUGCGCCGCCAGAGAGACUCGCAAAGAGUGCUGAGGAAAAAGACUCUGAAAUGGAGGAGAAGAAGAAAACCAAAUUGUUUCCGUUGGUUUCCUGCAGAUCUCCCGCUUCUGAGCUGCUCAGACAGGUCCUGCAUCAUCCUGAUGAGAAACUUCUGCAGGAGUUCUUCCAGACAGCACUCAGCGCCGUCAGGAGCAUGGUGUUGGCAGAGACACAGCAACGAGAAGAAGAGGAGGGGGAUGAAGAACAGAAGCAGAUGGAGGCACAGAGAGUGCAGACUUCAAACUCUGCUACAGACAAUAGGAAAGCUGGGAAAAAGAAAGGUGCUCCAACCCCUCCACAGGAGCCCAGUCCUCAGCCCGUGGUGGAGAGGAACCCUGAGGAGGUCAAGAGGAAAGCAGAGAGGAAGAGAAUCAAACAGGAGUUCACAGCUGCGCUGAAACGUGAAGAACAUGCAGUGAAGCUGCGUCUGGAGCUGAUAAAGGCUCAUGCGCUGAGAACGCUGAGCAGUUUGCAGCAGAAAGCAGAGCAGGCCUUCGAGAACAUGGAGGAGUGGCUGAGAACUCGCUUCCUGUCUGAGAUGAACAGUAUCGACCAGCUGACAGAGUUGGUGCGGCAGCACAUUGAGAAUGGAGUUCAGAUCCAUCAUGAGCUGGUGCUGCAGAGCGCUGAUUUCUGUGUGGAUGGAGACACUCUUGUGGUGGCGAGUCCGUCUCCCGCUCCGCGCAGAUCCCCGCUGGAGCAGCCCAGAAACAGCACUCUGACCGUCCAACAGCUGCACAUCCUCUGUGCUCAGCUGCGCAAGACUGCACCUACUGGUCUGAUGUGCAGUAAUGAGUUAACUGAAGUUCUGCAUGAGUUAACCUCUCCUCACAUGUUUAGUGAUGUCCUGCCUGAACCCUGGAUGCAUAUCACUCCCUCACAGGUUGAUGAGCUGGUGUGUGUAGUAGCUCCGGACUCUGAGACGCUGGACUGGCGUCAGUUCCUGCUCAGUGCGGCUCUGCCGUGGCCGUUUCCCUCUCAGACUCAGCUGUUAAAAACCCUCCAGCGCUGCAGAGCUGUCGACACUGCAGGAACCGGACUCAUCACACAAGAACAAUAUGCACAGAUUGAAUUGUGGUUUCCAAGUGAAAGAGAUCUUCCUGUCCCUGAUGACCCAGCUGAACCUCUGCCCUAUGACAGACUAGCCAAUCUUAAGAAGUUUUUCUUCAGUCUGUUUGCGAGCACACACUCAUCUCCGCUGAUGCUGGACUAUCUGAGCAUGCUGCUGUAUUUCUGCUGCCGUCCCGAACCGGCUCAGGGCUUCACCAGAGCACUCAGCCUCGUGAUCGGACACACACUGCACUAUAAACACACCGGCCCCCUCACACAGUCUGUGCCGUACAUGGAGGGCGCUGGAGUUGAGGAGUGUGAUGCUGAUGAAGAGGUGGAGUCUGAAGAAGCUGGCGUGUCUGUUGAUGAUGUGCUCAGAGUUCUGAAUCAUGGAGUUGAUCACGUCUCCUCACGGCUGAACCGCUUCCAGACAAACCACAGGAGCACAGAUGAACUCAAAGAGGAGCUGCUAAAGGUGUUUAAGGAGUUGGGUUUUAAAGGUGAGGAAAAGAUUCCUUUCUCCACGCUAUCCCAGCAUCCCUUUGUGCAGGACCUGAUGGAAGCAUCCUCACAGUACCUGCUUCCUGACAUUCAUAAAACUUUUCAGGCUCAGCAAACUGAAGAUCUCAGAAGCUUUUCAACAUGAUGAACAAUCAAAACACACACACCAACACCAUUACAUGCAUCAGACAGGG